CGUGCACACGCGCGCAGCAGUCUGUCGAGAUAAUCGAGCGCGAGAGCUCGUGCCAGUCGGACAGAGUCGCGGGCGCAGUACAGCGCAGCAUCGUCCCCGUCGCCGUUGUCCUCUCGGUGUAGUCGCUGAAACGGUGCAAAGUGCGGGGGUGCAGAGUGCGCAGAGGGAUCGUCGAGCCGAGGAGCCGAGGCCGUCGCGGGGGAUGCGCCGUCGACUGGGCUGCAGCAGCAGCAGCAGCAGCAGCAGCUGGAGGUGGACGGCCCUGCGCCGACGCGAGUGAUGCUGCGAUAGAGCGAGUGAGAGAGAAGAGCGUAACAUACAGUACAUACUCUGCAGACGUGUUGCCGCGCGCGUCGACUCGACCGAGAGCUAGUGGACGACGAUGGGGAAGCAGCUGCCGCGGCAGCAGCAACAUCGCAAGAGGUUGUUGACGACGAGGCGGAGGACGACAGCAGGAGCAGGAGCAGCAGCGCCGGCAGCGAGGAGGAGGAGGAGGACCGCGCGGGGCAGCGAUCAGCGCAGCUAGAUCCGUCGCGGGCUGCUGCUGCAGCAUGGAGCGGUUCAAGUGAGCGCGGGGCCUCGUUGCUGCGGGGCCAUGACCCCCGGAGCGACUAGCCUCGACGCGGAGGCCCUCGGCCCCUCCUGCUCGGAGCUGCACCAGCAGGAGCCCCAGCCGCGAGCUCUGCCCGCCAGUCCCAGCCGAUCGCUCGCCCAGAGAUGCUACCAGCAUCUCAAGGUCAGCCCGCCUCUAGCUACCCCCUUCGGUCCGUAGGUGCCGCCGCGACAUCGGGCGUGGGAGAGGCGUCGGUGUACCACGCGCUGGUCGUCAUAUUCCUGGAGUUCUUCGCCUGGGGCCUGCUGACGAUGCCGGUGAUCUCGGUGCUGAACGAGACCUUCCCGGACCACACGUUCCUCAUGAACGGCCUGAUAAUGGGCAUCAAGGGCAUCCUCUCGUUCCUCUCGGCGCCGUUGAUCGGCGCCCUCUCGGACGUCUGGGGCCGCAAGUUCUUCCUGCUGAUCACGGUGGCCUUCACCUGCGCCCCCAUACCGCUCAUGAGCAUCAACACCUGGUGGUUCUUCGCCAUGAUAUCGAUAAGCGGCGUCUUCGCCUGCACCUUCUCCGUCGUCUUCGCCUACGUGGCCGACAUCACCGAGGAGAGCCAGCGGUCCAAGGCCUACGGGCGGGUCUCGGCGACGUUCGCCGCCAGCAUGGUCAUCAGCCCGGCCAUGGGCGCCUUCACGAUGACGACCUACGGGGAGAACGUGGUGGUCGCCCUGGCGACGGCCAUCGCCAUCCUCGACGUCUUCUUCAUCCUGGUCGCGGUGCCGGAGAGCCUGCCGGAGAAGGCCCGGCCGCCGGCGCCCAUAUCCUGGGAGCAGGCCGACCCCUUCGCCGCGCUCGGCAAGGUCGGUAAAGACCACACGGUACUGAUGCUGUGCGUCACCGUGUUCCUGAGCUACCUGCCCGAGGCCGGCCAGUACAGCUGCAUCUUCGUGUACCUCAAGCUCGCCAUGGGCUUCUCCGCGACGAUGGUCGCGAUCUUCAUCGCCGUCGUCGGCAUCCUCAGCGUCAUCGCCCAGAUCCUCCUGGGCCCGCUGAUGCGCACCCUCGGCGGCAAGCACACCAUCAUGCUGGGCCUCCUCUUCGAGCUGCUCCAGCUCAUGUGGUACGGCUUCGGCUCGCAGACCUGGAUGAUGUGGGCCGCCGGCGUCCUCGCCUCGAUCUCCUCCAUCACCUACCCGGCGAUCUCGGCCUUCGUCUCCAUGCACUCGGACGCGGACAAGCAGGGCCUGGCCCAGGGCAUGGUCACCGGCAUGCGCGGCCUCUGCAACGGCCUCGGGCCCGCCAUGUUCGGCGUCAUAUUCUACCUGUUCCACGUAGACCUCAACGAGAAGACGCCCUCGCUGCCCCUCAAGCCGCCGCUCCUCGACGAGAACAAUAACACGGGAACUGCCACGCAUCUCGAUGUCAUGCCUCAGGUACUGCUGGUGCCAGGACCUCCCUUUGUAUUCGGUGCAUUAUUGGUCAUUUGCGCGCUACUGGUAGCUGCUUUUAUCCCCGAAGCGACUCCGAUGAUAACGGGGCAGCUACAUCAUUCUUCUACCUCCCGGAGGCCUUCCGGUAAAUACGCAUAUCAAAAAUGUACGUUACAACUUACCACCACACAAACUGACAAGGAUAAUCCUGGUGGCCUCUCGCUAGAUGUUCACUACGAGACCGAUAGGAUAAGCAGCGGCAGAGGUAAGGUCGGGCCCCUGUCGCCACUAGUCGACAACUGCAACUCGGCGGCGCUCUAACCGACGAGCCAAGCCGGAAGGCGCCAGCAAGCCAGGCACAAAAAGACGACGACGCUGCUCCUGCUGCCGCUGCUGCUAUAGCGGACGGAGGACGACGGCGCACAGGGCGGCCCGCGCGAGCCGACCGACCGAGGAAGCUUUUAAACUUACCGCUGCAGCGAGCCCCACGACGAGGAGAAUCGAAAUAAUAAAUGAAAUUUUAACAGACAAAUGUUUAAGCAGAACGAAAACACGGACACGCAUUCAACUAUACAGACACACUCACACAAGAGAGUAUGCCCAACGAGAAAACACAUAGUGUUAUACGCUGCUCGACUGAUCCACCGGUGGAACCGCGCAUUAUCGUCACGCGUUAUAUACACACACACACACACACAUACAUUCACGCACGCGGCUGGCGAGGCUGACCUCGCACGCUACAACUGCACGACGAGUCAACGAGGACACGCGGACAUCUGUAAAAAGAAACUAACCAAACAUUUUUAUUUUUAUAUUCGCCGACUGCCGCAAGCGCGAAAUUUUAAAUCUGAACUUAUAUGAUUUGGACGCAAGAAGUACUUAAAAAUUGCGAGCUCGAUCGAGCGCUGCGCUGCUGGCUGCGUCGGACGGUGUUUAGGUAAUUCGCAAAGUUAGAAUUCGACGCGGCCGAGUACUCGAUCGAUCCGACGGUUUCAUUGACUCGUCCGCAGCGUCGUUGCCACGUGCGCACGCACACGAAAACAGACUCUGUCUUCUGCUUCGAGGUACAUAAACUAAUAAACGCCUCCCUAUAGAGAGCGACUCGGCAAAUUUUCUCGAUUCCACGGCAGACGACGAGUCGAACCGCUAAACAAACCAGAAAUAUAUCGUUAGGUUGUGAAUAAAGAUGAAAAAUAAUUUAAGAAAAAUCGAAAAAAAAAAUCAUAGAAGAGUUGUUUAACUAGUGGGUAGUGCGCGCAGUUGGCCGUCUUCGGUUGGGAUUCUCUUUCGACAAUCAUCCGGCUAUCGAGAGAAUAUCGCGACAAUUUCCGCUUUUACGUAUAAGCAAAUUGACCUUUUACACAAUAUAUACGAGAAAAAGUAAACGUAUACAUUACGAUUAUAAAUGUUACAAGUUAGCUUAACUAUGUUAAAGUUUUAUAUAAAUCAUUUAAGACGAUUAGAAAGUUUGAUACGAGAAUAUCUCUCUGCGACGAAACAAACAACAAAAAUAACGACGUGAUAACAAAAAUGUUUGUCAGCACAGCGAAUUUUUCCGGUUUCUUUUCCCACCUUUUUCUCGAUGUUUAACUGAAGACGACCAACGCACCUUUAAUAGCAAGUGCGACGCAUCGCGUGGACGUCGCACAAGGCAGAAAAUUAAAACUCGCUUCGGUUCACCUGGCAUAUGUGGAUGCAUACGAACACAAACAGACUUACAGACACACUUGGACACGCAGUCACACGAAACACACAAACACACACUCGAGUGAUAAAAAAGUAAAAUAAACUAUUUUAAUAAGCUUGCCGAGAGCACAAAAGGCGCCGAGGCAGUAGAGGAGAGUUAUGCGACCAGUAUUCUUCUUUUUUUCUUAGGCACGCACGGUUUUCUUCCUCCACAACUCCCGACGACGAUCCGUUGUAGGACUUUAUUAUUAAAGAUACUUUCUCUCUCUCUCUCUUUCUCUCUCUAUCGUGCUUCGUUGGCGCAGACGAAAAGGCGUUCUAUUCAAGUUGCCCGUUGUUUCGCCAGUCAGUGAUUCGAUUUUUGUUUUCUUGUAUUAAGAGAUGCGUUGCGAAUCAUUCUCUCGAAUGGUCCGUCGAUUUCCGCGUCGACGUCGCGAUAGCUUUUCUUUCCUACGUCGUGGUGAUAAUUUUUCCUGUAGGAAUCCGAGUUUUUUGUCAGCGUUGCUUUGUUGUUUGCAUUUACACUUUUACGAAGAACAUUCGGUUCGCCUCGCCGCGAAAAUCCACGGACCACGAGUCAGUUGAGAAGUGUAAUUCUAUAAGUUACGGUUGAAAAAUACGAAAAAUAAAAAAAUAAGAUUAUCAAUUAAAAAAAAAAAAAAUUAGUUAUCCAAUUUAUAUAAAUAUAUUCCAAUGAGUUUUGGAAUUCUCGUUAAGAUUAGAUUUAAUGAAGCUUAUACUUUGGAUUUUCCUUUUGUAUAGAAUUCUCACUUUUCUCGUUUCGACGAACAGCCUCGUCGAGCUCGACGACGGCAGGUCUUUCAUGCUGCCCGCGAGACUGUAUAAAUAGUGUACAUGUAUUCCUCUCAUCUUCUUUCUUUUCUACGCGCGAUACUUUUCGCACUGCAGAGGCUGUAUUAAGGUACGACUUACGUAAGAGAGAGCGUUACUUCUUUUUAGAAAAGCAAAACUAAUUAUUAAAAAAGUAAAAUUAUGAAAAAAAAAAAACAUUAUACGAGUAAUGAUCGAAGUAUACAUACACGGAGGCGAAUUUGUUAUGGGCGUGCGACGUCCGUUUGAUGUCUUUAGCCGAGUGUCCAUUUUUAGUCGGAGCAAUAAAGGAUACAACAUGUAUCACACCUACACCUGUGCAUAUGACACUCGUUUGCGUACGAUUUUCUUGAUAAGUUAGCGUGCGAAAUUAUUGUACUCCUGCGCGAGCGUUCUUUCAUUCUACUGUAACGCGGAAGAUCUGCACAACCAUUGUCGCAGUUUUUGCUUGUUGCGAAUGAAUGUAUGCGUUACUUUUCGAUACUUCAAAACUUCGAUACAAACGAUAUGAUUGUAGAAUCAUUUACAAGUUGAUGCAAACAUCGGAACGAUACCCAAUUCUGGCGCUGUUAAUUUACAAUUUAACCACAAACUUUUGGAAUUUUCACGAAAUACGUUAAGGUAAUCGAUAUUUCGACAAAAUUUUAAAAGACUUCCAACGCACGACUUGUGUAUCAUCGAAAUUUUUUAAUUUUUGUUAAAGUUUCAAAGCAACUUCUCUACUCACACACACACACACACACACACACACUCUCUCUCUCUCGAGAUCUCGCACCGAACCUGUCUCAAUUUUUCCACGGCUAAUCACAAAAUUCCGAGAGUACAAACCCGCGCGAUCGUGUGCGUUCUCCUCCUCGAAACAUAUAUGCACGUAAUCUCGAGGAGACGCGAGGUAUAUGUAAAGCUCGACUAAUUUUCGCAUUGCCAAAGCGAUGUCAUGUACGCUUAUUCUAACUCCUCACUUCGUUAGCGUUCUCUGUUGUACACGCGCACCUCUGUCCGCUAUCUCUCUAUCUCUCUGUUGUGUCAAAAGACUCGUGCGUCAUCAGCAAGACUCGCGCGAGUCAUCGGGUAUAUAAUGCGAGACUCGGUCGUAAGCGUCGACGAACUUGACAGCAGAAAGUAUGUACGCGCCUGUACCUAUACACCGAUCUCUGAUUUUCUUUUUUGUAAUAAAAACAAAAAACGCAUACGCAUGAUUAACUACGAAUUCAAGAUGUAAUAACCGAACGAUCGCAGACAUUUACAUUCAUAUAGUUGAUUGAUUUUAAGGGACGAGAGGGUGGUGGUAUAGUGUCGUAGCGAGCGAAGCUCGAAGAGCAUAGGAAUGAUAAGCAGGCGUUAAAGGAUCUCCGGAGGAAGCCAAAGAUUGUAAUUCGUUCCCUUAUGAUUUCGCAAGGUAGAGGUGCGAGGCGAUUAUGUGCGCGAAGUGCAGAGUGAACGUAUAUUCGUGCGACUUCGUUUUGUGUCAUUUACUCUUAGGAGACUACCGAGUAAUUUAUAUUUGUAUGCAGUAUAAUAUACAUGUGGGACAGUUGUAUCAUAAAAGAGAGCAUACUGCGGCGAGACAUUAAGAACACACGAGAGACACUCGACGAAUAUGGACAGAGGCUCGACUCCCUGUGUUGGGUUGUAUAAUGUAAAUGUAUGAGAUGAUGGAUGCAUUAAAUAAAAAUCGAUUAUUUUUAAGAUAAA